AUGAGUGACGGGACAAACGGCGCGACUGCCGAUGCGGCAGAGCGGUUCGCCAUAGGUAUCUCCUUCGGCAAUUCCAACAGUUCUAUCGCCUUCACUGGACCUGAUGGAAAGGCUGAAGUGAUUGCCAAUGAAGAAGGAGAUCCGACGCCUUGUCACCAGUCUGCGCAUCCGCAACAGAGCGAUUCGACGGUGGCUUUUUCCAUCCAUGAUACGACAGAUGAAAACCCCAGCACCGUCACAGUCUCUGAGAUUACAACUCGUCAUCUCCGCCGCCUGAAACAGUCUGCUUCUGAUUUCCUGGGAAAAACCGUCAAUGCGGCAGUCAUCACGGUUCCCACCGAUUUCUCCGAUGCCCAGCGCCAGGCUCUCGUUGCGGCUGCCAAAGAUGCUGGUAUCGAGGUGCUGCAGCUCAUCCAUGAGCCUGCGGCUGCUUUGUUGGCCUACGAUGCGAGACCCGGGGCGGUGGUUACGGAUAAACUGGUCGUUGUCGCGGACCUAGGAGGGACAAGAUCCGAUGUUGCCGUCGUCGCAUCCCGCGGAGGAAUGUACACGAUCCUGGCCACUGUUCACGAUUACGAGUUAGGAGGAGCGAAGCUGGACCAGGUCAUCAUCGAUCACUUUGCCAAGGAAUUCAUGAAGAAGCACCAGGCGGAUCCACGACAGGACGCUCGUGGGCUGGCGAAAUUGAAAUUGGAGGGCGAGGCCACCAAGAAGGCCCUUAGCCUUGGUACCAAUGCCACCUUGAGUAUCGAGAGUCUCGUCAACGGGAUUGAUUUUGGCUCGACCAUUAACCGUACCCGAUACGAGCUCCUGGCUGGGAAGGUGUUCUCUCAGUUCACUGGCUUGAUUGAAGAGGCCGUGAAGAAGGCGAAUCUUGAUGUUUUGGAUAUUGAUGAGGUUAUUUUGUCGGGUGGUACUUCUCACACCCCCAAGAUUGCCCGUCUUCUCCAAAACAUAUUCCCAGAGAAGACAUCGAUCGUCGCCCCCUCGACAUCGGCAACCGCCAUUAAUCCCUCUGAUCUGGCCGCAAGAGGCGCUGCUUACCAGGCGUCUCUGAUCCAAGAAUUCGACAGAGAGGACAUCGAACAGUCUAUUGACCCCAUUGUUACUGUCACUCCACACAUCAGCAAUACCAUCGGCGUCCAGCUCGUGUCGACCGAGGAGUCUGCGGAAGACGCCGUCUUUCGCCCUCUGGUUAACGCGGAAACUGCUCUGCCUGCUCGACGCAUUGCUCAGUAUGCAGUUCCCAAGGAGGGAGGAGACGUUCUCGUUCGUGUCUGUGAAGGGGCCCGUGAGAUCAAGGUCACGAAGCCUGAACCAAAGCCAAAGGAAGAGAAGGAAGCAGAUGAGGAAGCCGAUGAGGAUGAGGACUCUGACUUUGAUUCUGAAGAGGAAGAAGAGGAAAUCCGCGAAGUCAUCUGGAAGGUCACGAAGCCCAUUGCCGAGAUUGCUGUCAAGGAUGUCAAGGCGGGCGGUAAGGUUGAGGUUAUGAUCAACAUCAACUCGGAUUUGGGAAUGCAGAUCACGGCAAGAGAGGUUGGCGCCAAGGGUGGUGUCAGAGUCGCUGUUGAUGCUCCCAAGGCUACCGAGAAUGGCUCUGCAUAG